AUGAGAUUCAAAUCUCCCUUAUUUCUCCUCCUCGAGGCUCUGCCUCCGCCUACUGACGCUGCCGCCAUUCUCCUGCUCGCACUGCUCCUGCUCACGCUGCUCCUGCUCACGCUGCUCCUGCUCACGCUGCUCCUGCUCAUGCUGCUCCUGCUCACGCUGCUCCUGCUCACGCUGCUCCUGCUCACGCUGCUCCUGCUCACGCUGCUCCUCCCUGCGCUGUUCCUGCCGCUCACGCUCCCCCCCCCCCGUAUCUGCUCCCGCUUCAGCUGCUCCUCCUCUGGCUGCUUUUUUCCUGUCCGCCUGCUAAGCUCCUCUCUGGCCUUCCUGAGGAGUUCCUUUCUGCUCUGA